UAUUUUGUUAAUUAUUGUUUUUGUUUUCUUUUAGAGGCCACACCCAAAAAAAUACACGAAAUUUUGAGAAUACCCAACAUGAAUGUUGGCCAAGUCAAAAACCAUUUACAGGUUAAACGAAAAAAACAAAAGUUACUACAAGAGCAAGAGCAGCAACUAGGAGGACAGGAGCCACUGCAGCACCCACUGUUAGGACAGGAGUUGCAGGAGCAGCCACUGUUAGAAGAGUUGCUGCAGCAGUCACUACUAGAAGAGUUGCUGGAGCAGCCAAUACCGUGGCAGGGGCAGGAGUUGCUGGAGCAGCCACUACCGUGGCAAGGGCAGGAGUUGCUGGAGCAGCCACUACCGUGGCAAGAGCAGGAGUUGCUGGAACAGCCACUACCGUGGCAAGAGCAGGAGUUGCUGCAACAGCCACUACCGUGGCAGGAGCUACAGCAGCAGCCACUACCGUGGCAAGAGCAGCAGCAGCAACCAUUAUUAGGACAGCAGCAGCAGCCACCACUAUCAGGGCAGGAGUUGCUGCAGCAAUGGCAGGAGCAGGAGCAGCUACUCCCCGGACAAGAGCAGCUAGAGCAGGAGUGGCUGCAGUUGCUACAGCAGCCGCAUGAGGAGCAUUUUCAUAGUCCACCACACUAGAAAAAAAUAAUUUCUAGCACGAUAUUAUUGGUG